AGGGAGGGGGAUCUUACUGCAGCACUAUAAUAAAGUGAAAUGUCUAGCUAAUGCACCACUGGAUGACCGGGUGGCAGAUACCGAGAACUGUGGCUUUUCGUGUUGUAAACGAAUUAAUGUAAUUGCUGUCUUUUAUGUCAAGACUGGAUAUAUCUUAUAAAGCUUUUGAAAAGAAGAGGAGGACCCUUUAAUGAGAAAAUUAGAAUGAGCCGUUUCUGCUCUGUGAACAACAACUUUCCCUAUGAUAAUAACAUCUUGGUUCUAGACAUGAUUUUAAGUUCCCUUUGGGGUGUUCCUCAGCCCAUAAACUGGGAGAAUGUGGCAAGACUUGUACCUGGUUUCACACCCAAAGAGUGCGCUAGGAGAUUCGAGGAAUUGAAGAACAGUGGAAGCCUUCCAUACACUGAUAACCAAUGCAAUGCAUUAGUGGCGAGUGGGGGAUCCCCAUCAGAUACCCUGACGACAUACGUCAAGCCCACAUUGCUUGACUCUUUUGAAGAACUGGGAGAAAAGCGAACCAGUCAGAGCACUAUUUCAGUGACUGGUUUUCCUGUAACACACUCAUCAGCCGAGAAAGAGACCAACACUACAGAUGAGUACAAAGGGAAUGUGGAUGAAAGCAAAGGACCUAACAUGGUGAUCCAUGUCUGUGAUGAGGCCAAGAAUCUGAAGCAGGAUUUUGUGUGCCCACGAGACCUCCUCAUCAAUGAGAUGAAGUACUUUGCUGAGUACCUGUCUGUGGAUGCCCAGCGCUGGGAGGAGGUGGACAUUUCUGUGCACUGUGAUGUUCAGAUCUUUGACUGGCUGAUGAAUUAUGUGAAGAGGAAUGGCGAAUCAUCUGAAAACAAUGACAAACCCAGGUUAGAACCCAGCAAUGUGAUUUCAAUCCUGAUCUCUUCAGAAUUUCUGAAAAUGGAUACUUUAGUUGAAGAAUGUGUACAGUACUGUCAUAAGCACAUGGGUGCUAUUGUAGCUACUCCAUGCAAUAUGAACUGCAUCAAUUCUAACUUAGCUACCCGAAUAGCAGACCUGUUCACUCACAAUGAGGCAGAUGACAUAAAAGACAAAAAGGAUAAAUUUAAAAGCAAACUAUUUCAGAAAAAGAUUGAGAGACUUUUUGACUCAGAGUAUAAGAAUCCUGAUUCUCCAGGCAAUGCUGCAACCCUGUACAGAUGUUGUCUUUGCAAUAAACUUCUUACCAAAGAAACAGAGAGCAAAAUCUCCUGUGUUCCGGGGAAGAUCAACAUUGAUCUUCAUGGGAAUAUAAUAUACACCCAUACAAGAGAAAAAAACUGGGAAAUACAUGACUAUUUAAUCAGUUUAUACGAGGAAUUAAAAUCCUGGAACCUUGUUUACUGGAGAAUCUGGGGAACCAUUAAUUCAUUGACCUGUUCUCAGUGUAAGCAGGUGUUCCUGUGCACUGAGUUGUCUCAGUGUCACUACCACCCUGAAAAAGCAGUGUACCCCACUUCCGUCAGUGGGCGGGGCUCUCAGGCCAUUGGGGUCUAUACCUGCUGCGGUCAGAGAGUACUGCGCUUCGAUCCCACCAGAAUGCCCAAGGGUUGUCAAAUGAAAGACCACAUUGUUAGUAUAGAUGGGGACCGUGGAGACCAUCAGCCCGAUUCAUCCCAAACCAGAAUCCUGAAUGACCUGCUCCUGCACAGGGAUGCUGUUUGUGUGCCCUGCCCUCCUGAUCCUGAAUGCAAUGGUACCUCUUCAGCAUCAGGAGAGAGGGCCCCCGACUGUGAUAUUCAACUGGAACCGAAUGUUCUGAGAGGGCAAAAGCCUGGCGAGGCUACUGCAUUUUCACUGUUGAAAAAUUGGAGCUUGCAGCUGAGGCAGCAGUCCCUUUUAUCUGAAGAUGAGGAAUAUACCACGGGCUCAGAGGUCACCGAAGAUGAGGUUGGAGAUGAAGAAGAGGUGUCCAAAAAGCAAGGUGCAAAGAAAGCUAAGAAGAUUUCCAAACCACUUAAGAGACAAGUGUCAUCACCCAGCUUUCAGAGGAGAGAUAAAACAGUGGAAAAGGCUCCUUCCCGAGAUUCAACAGCAUUCACAGUAAGUACGCAGAAAAGUAAAUGGGACAGCACACGGUCCAUGCGAUACAACCAAGAUGCACAAAGAGAAGAAGAUCAGCGAAGGAUGGUAGAAAUUAUUGAACAUCUCACGAAGAUGAGAUUUGGUGACAUGGAACGCCAUAAAUCUAAGGAGAUGAAAGAAUAUGCUGGUGGUAUUUAUGCAAGACUGGAGGCUCAACUCAAAGCAUCUUUACAAGCCAGCAGUCGUCAGCCCAGCUCAGAGAAGAACAUAAGGCCGAAGACACGCUUUGGCCAGACUCGUCCAACCUAGAAACUGGGAAACAAGACCAUAAUAUUCUCCAUGAACACCCUGGAAAAAGCUACUCUUUUGUCUCAAAUCCUAGAGUCAUUAACAGUCUAAAAUACAUCAAUUAUAUGUUAGACCUUUUUGUUCCUUUUGAUGAGGUUUCUAAUGUAGCUUUAACUUGUUUAGCUUUAAAUCAGCUGAAAGCUGUGCUUGGCUCAGGUGACCUUUGGACAAGAAUUAUUUUUAGUGCUUUCCACCUGCCAGAGGCCAGACGUAAUUUUAGAGAGAGAAAAUAACUACCCUUUUAAAGGUGUUAGAAUAAAUACCAUCAAUGAAUUUUAAAAUAGAGGCAUUAACAAAAUGCUGGCAUAUGAUACGAACUGCCAGUCCUUUUUUUAAUGAAGUUAGAAUUGUCAGUUAGGAUUUAUUAUAUGCCUUUCCAAUUUUGAAGUUUCUGUUUGUUAAAGACUUUGCUCUCUGGCAGUGACUCCUGUACUGCAUGGAGAGAAUAAGGGCCAUCAGUUGUGCUUCUCCAACAUGCCCACCUGUCAGAGCCAAUCAGCUUUAUACUGACGUACUGUGUAGGCGAGAGACAGAGGUGUGGUUGAAUUGUCUGGCAGUGCUUCAUGUAUAUAACAUCAUAAGAGACUGGCUGACACAAGCCUGCUGCAGGGGUUGGGCAUUCUUAUAUUAAUCUGUAAACUGAGUUCCAGCACGCCGUAUGGUACGACAAAGAACACUGGAUCUUAAUGCUCGCAAAAGAAAUGGAGCGAUUGGUUUUAAUAUGUAAUUUGUUGUGAUACUGUGCUCAGCAGCACUUGAACCUCUUAGUUAAAAAUCAUUUUCUUGUUACAAAAACAAAAAGAGAAUCUUAACUGUAAAGAUGUAAAACUCAGCUAUGAUUUAUAUGAUAAUAGCCUAAGAUCAUUGACUUAUUUAAAACGAUUGGGGCUUCAUGAAAGUUCAAGAUUAUGUUCUCAAAUUCCACUAAUAUAAAAUGUCAAUACAAUUUUAGAAGUAACAGUCUGUCUGCCUUGGCAUUUGCUUUCAAUUAUUUUAAAGGUUUAAUUUAACAUUAGCAUGUAUACUACCAAAUACUGGGUUUCUUAUCAAAUAUUUACAAUAAUUUAUCAUUUGUUUUUUAAUAUCAGAGUCAUCAAGAAAAAGGGGAACAGUCCUGGUCGCUUUCUUCACUUACUCCCCAGGAUAUAAUCCUGUUUUGCACAUUAAUAUCCUGUAAAACAUAGAACUUAGAUAUUCCCAACAGAGCAUUGGAAUAAUAUUUAAGUUGUAAUAUUGUUUCAAAUAAAGAUGAAGAAAUGUUUA